UUUCAUAUAUGUCUGUCUGUAUAUGCCUGGGUAAUUGUAAUAACUUGUUUUUGUAGUGGAUGAUGCUGGUAAGAUAGAACACGAAGGUUCUGCUGAAAUUACCAUGGAAGCAGAGUCAGAAAGUGGCUCUUGUAAAGUGGAUGGCAUUUGUCCAGAAGUCAUCAAGGUCUAUAUAUUCAAAGCAGAUCCUGGAGAAGAUGAUUUAGGUAAAAUAUGCUCGUUCUAGAAUAUUCUAACCUGACAUUUGAAAUUUUGCGUAGAGGCUGUGAUUUCUCUCAAGUCACCUGUAAAGAGCUGUGGGUCUAAUGUGAAAGCGUGACAAACUUUCAAUUUUCUGCUCUUUAGCGUAGAAUUUGGACAAAGUGUGUUUAAAAUAUUUUGCUUUGGUCUUCCUAAUUAGGGGGCACAGUAGACAUUGUGGAGAGCGAGCCAGAGAAUGACCACGCAGUUGGAUUACUUGAUCAAAAUAGCAGUAUUCGUAUUCCAAGGGAGAAAAUGGUUUACAUGACUGUAAAUGAUUCUCAGCAUGAAGAUGAAGACUUAAAUGUUGCAGAAAUAGCUGACGAGGUUUAUAUGGAAGUGAUUGUAGGAGAGGAGGAUGCAGCAGCAGCCCAUGAACAGCAAAUUGAUGACACUGAAAUUAAAACUUUCAUGCCCAUAGCUUGGGCGGCAGCUUAUGGUAAUAACAACGAUGGCAUCGAAAGUCGGAAUGGCACUGCGAGUGCUCUUUUGCACAUAGAUGAGUCAGCUGGACUUGGGAGACUGGCUAAGCAAAAACCAAAGAAAAAAAGGAGACCCGAGUCCAGGCAGUAUCAGACAGCAAUAAUCAUUGGCCCUGACGGUCACCCGUUGACAGUGUACCCCUGCAUGAUUUGUGGAAAGAAAUUUAAAUCUAGAGGUUUCUUGAAAAGGCACAUGAAAAACCACCCGGAGCACCUUCUUACCAAGAAGAAAUAUAGAUGCACAGACUGUGAUUACACUACGAAUAAAAAAAUAAGUUUACACAACCACUUGGAGAGUCAUAAGCUGACCAACAAAACAGAAAAGCUUAUUGAGUGCGAUGAGUGCGGGAAAAGCUUCUCUCAUGCAGGAACUUUGUUUACUCACAAGAUGGUGCACAGGGACAAAGGCGUUAAUAAAAUGCACAAGUGCAAAUUCUGCGAUUAUGAGACGGCGGAACAAGGAUUGCUGAGUCAUCACCUUCUAGCUGUCCACAGCAAGAACUUUCCUCACAUUUGCGUGGAGUGUGGCAAAGGAUUUCGCCAUCCGUCGGAGCUCAAGAAGCACAUGCGAAUCCACACUGGGGAAAAGCCGUACCAGUGCCAAUAUUGUGAAUACCGAUCCGCCGACUCUUCUAACUUGAAAACUCACGUAAAGACUAAACACAGUAAGGAAACGUCGUUAAAGUGCGAUAUUUGUUUCCAGACUUUUUCAGAUACCAAAGAGCUACAGCAGCAUACGCUUAUGCAUCAAGAAAGUAAAACACACCAGUGUUUGCAUUGUGACCACAAGAGCUCAAACUCGAGUGAUCUGAAACGACACAUAAUUUCAGUCCACACGAAAGACUACCCUCACAAGUGUGACAUGUGUGAUAAAGGCUUUCACAGGCCUUCGGAACUGAAAAAACACGUGGCGGCUCACAAGGGUAAAAAACUGCACCAGUGCAGACACUGUGACUUUAAGAUCGCAGAUCCGUUCAUCCUGAGUCGCCACAUACUCUCAGUGCACACAAAGGAUCUUCCGUUCAGGUGCAAGAGGUGUAGAAAGGGCUUUAGGCAACAAAACGAGCUGAAAAAACACAUGAAAACACACAGUGGCAGGAAAGUUUAUCAAUGUGAGUACUGUGAGUAUAGCACUACAGACGCCUCAGGCUUCAAACGGCAUGUGAUUUCCAUUCACACAAAAGACUACCCUCACCGUUGUGAGUAUUGCAAGAAAGGUUUCCGAAGGCCUUCAGAGAAGAACCAGCACAUUAUGCGGCAUCAUAAAGAUGUUGGGCUGCCUUAAAGUCUCUCUCUCAGACUCUUGCGGCUGGAAUCAGAAAGGAAUUUUGCCUUUCAGGCAGUUAGCUUAUUUUAAAGCCAAUCACCUGCGAUCACACACACACACACACACACACAAAAAAAAAAAAAACCAACAAAAAAAAAAACAUACUGUGCAUUUGAUUUGUUGCUGUAUAAAAAUAGGAUUAUUGCUUCUAGUUGACUUUUAUACCUUUUGUUCAAUAGCGUGUUCUGAAUUCUAUUCAGUUUGUUUAAUAAAUGAAGAAAAGAUGGCAACAAUAAAGUUGCAUUUAAUAAAGUCGACCCUGUCUCUUACUGAAUUUUUCAACCGUAAUAGUUUAUUUAAGUAUAUUUAUCUUACUGACCUCGUUGAUACUCACAGUGUCCAUGUUAAUGCAGUUUUGUCGUGAAUUUUAAAACUAUGAAACUUCUCUUGAUGCAGUUGUCAGAGGUGUGUAUAAAAUGGGGAGUUGUGACGUGGAAGAUGAAGUCCCUAGGGCGCACCCGAUUGUCUUGUUUUGACUCUACAGACUUUGUGGCAGGUGAACUGUGUUCCAUUUGAGGAGUUACACAUCUGACUUCAUUGCGGAAAACUAUUCUGCGUUUUAAUUCAGGUUUCAGAGAGAAAAACUUUUCACAAGUGGUUUGGGGCAUUUGUUACCUUUCUUUGGCGAAUUUAAAAGUACGCUCAAAUAUUACGUUUGUUGUUCUGUGCUUCUUUGAAAGGUUUUGCGUGUUACAAAUGACUUGGGUUUUUUUCCGAUUUACUGCUGUCUUAAUGUUGGAAACGUGAAAUAUCUUUGUUCCGUUUGCAGAGUUAAUAGAUCACAACUGUCUGUACGUGCUGGUAAACGUACCUCAAAGUUAAUGCUUUUAUGUAUAUUAGUAUUUCUUUGAAAGAACUGUUUGUGGUUCAAGUCACAUUUUUAUUGUGAGUUGUUUUAGAAUAAAAUUU